AUGUCUGCCGCUGGUCCUUCUCUUGCUGAUAUAUCCCUUCUAUUGGUUUCGCAGAUAGCUUCAGGUAUGCCUUCAAACAAGAAGAUCCCUUGCGAGCCAUGCACCCAGUGCAAUGGUCGCCUACGGAACCCACUAACUGUGAAGAAACACCGGGAACGACGCGAAGCCCUUGAGCAAGCUUCCGCAUCUGCAGCUACGAUAGGCCAAAUGUUACUGGAAAGUCAGGUUGCCUCGACCAGCACUGCUUCAAGCAGAUUGACGCCUGAAGACGAUUCAACCUCAUCAGGCGACACCUCGACAGCAUCAGGAGAGGAGGGUUCGAGUUCUUCUUCCGACAGCACUUCUUCGGGGCAGUCAGUGUCGCGGGAGUCCUCUCGAAGAACGACCUCCCGGAGGACACGGUCACCGUCGCCAGCCGUUUCACCCAGUGGCGAGGGCCAGCUCCAGAGCAGUUCAUGCGAAGACUCAGAUGUAUUUCGUCCAUCGAAAAGAGCAAGGCUUGAUGACGACCCUAAUUCGGAGGACAUUGGUGCAGACAAUGACCGACUCGGACUGGAUGUAACACCAGAAGAUGGGACGACAAGCUCCAGCGAGGAGUCAGAGGAUGAAACAAUGGAAAGCGAUAGACGAGCUAUAGUGAUAGAGGAAAGGGUGCCUUUUCAGCAAUGUGCAUCCAGCGAUGAGAUCGAUGAGAGGGGAAGUCACGAUGGAGGAAAUGAUGAUGAGGUGCAGGUGGCAGCAGGGCAGCCGGAUGACGAGGAGGACAACGAAGAAGAAGAAGAAGAAGCAGCGCGGAUAGCAGCACAGCAGCGGGAGGAGGAAGUACAGGAGCAGCUAGCAGACGAGCCACAGGUACUGCCAGCUCAGAACCCAGGAGAACAAGACCCAACAUUGCAGGACGAGCAAGAGGAGGAUCCCUACCGGUCCCAAAUCCAAUAUGUCCUCAAUGCGCAAGAUAUAAUCAACCGCAUCCGUGCUGCAUCCCUCGACAACGACAAACUUCCCCCCAAGGUACUCCAUCGACUGCGUAAUCCACGUCGACCACGGACGACUGGCGACCUCCUUACACCCGAUGAACGCACCUGUCUUCAGCUUUAUAUAUCGCUAUCACCAUACCCUCAAGAUGCCUAUAUAUCUGCACUCGAUGUCAUUGUCGAUAACUUUGGGAUGGAGAAGCCGCUAUCCUUGUACAAGGUGCGGAAGCUUGUUGAAGAUAUAUCGGGGGUCGUCCCAGUGUACGACGAUAUGUGUGUCAACUCGUGCUAUGCCUUUGUUGGACAAUUCGCCGACCUCGACCACUGCCCACAUUGCAACGAACCACGAUGGAAUCAGACGGCACUUGCACAGACUGGUAAGAAGAUACCACGACAGAGGCAGUGCACGAUCCCAUUGGGUCCACAAUGCCAGACACUUCGGGCAUCGGAGGAAGGGGCAGCAGCGAUGAGCUAUCGUCACCGCAAAGUAGAGGAGCUUCUACGUGACGGGGUUGGGAAGUACGAUGACAUGUGGUGUGGGGAAGACUUGUUGGACCUUACGGAGGAGCUUCAGCUGACGGACGACGACAUUACUGUGGGGUUCUCACUCGAUGGGGCUCAACUAUUCCAAAAUAAGAAAUCAGACACCUGGAUUGGGAUUUGGGUCAUUUACGAGUACGACCCUAUGGUGCGGUACAAGCGAAAGCACGUCCUUCCCGCAGUCAUCAUCCCUGGCCCCAAAAAGCCAAAGAACCUCGACAGCUUCCUCUUUCGAAGCUUCUACCACCUUUCUGCACUCCAAAGGGAAAACAACGGUGCUGGUAUUCGCGUGUACAAUCGUGCUAAAGAUCAAGUGGUCAACUCACGAAUCAUCUUCAUCACGGGGACUGCUGAUGCAAAGGCGCUGGUUGAGCUGGAUGGACGGGUUGGACACCAUGGUGCGCAUGGGUGCAGGGUUGGGUGUGAGAUGAAGGGUCGUCACAAGGGGUCUGGACACUACUAUGCAGCCCAUCUGCGGCCCAACAACUACAACGUUGAAGGGUGCAUGCACGGGGACUAUGACUUCACACAAGUCCCGACGCGGUGCUCCGUCGAGAAGUAUGAGGACGAUCUCAAAAGAGUAGUUGAAUCGGAGGACCAGGCUGCGUACGAGGAGAACCGAAAAGAAACCGGCAUUUCCAAGCCAUCAAUCAUAUCUGGACUCCAUCCAAAAUGCAUACUUUCGCCCCCCAAGUGCUUUGGUCUCGACAUUAUGCACCUCUUCUUCCUCAACAUCACGGAAUUCUUUGCGUCCUUGUUUCGAGGGAAGCUACGGGUUGAAGGAGACGACUUGAAGAGUAACUGGAGGUGGAGGAAGCUCAUUGGUACGGUAUGGAAGGAGCAUGGCAAGUUAAUUGUUGCAGCGCUCAAACACUUCCCCGACGAUUUUGAACGGCCACCUCGUGAUCCAACAGAGAAGAUGAAUAGCGGAUACAAAGCAAUGGAGUGGCACCACUGGUUCUACAACCUUGGGCCUGCCUUCUUCCGCUUGUUCCUUCCUGCUGACCUUUGGGAGCACUUCUGUGGACUUGUUCGCGCCGUCAGACUUCUCAAAAACCGCGUUAUUACUCCAGAGAAUAUUCAGGAGGCUCAACAACUCAUCAACACGUUUGUGCGUGAUUUCGAGUUCAAAUACUAUGGGCGCAACCCAGAUCGGCUCCACUUCUGUCGUCCAUCUCUUCAUACUCUCCUUCACGCGCCGUCCGAGGUGGUUCGCUUUGGUCCAGGGGCGUACACAGAUCAGUACCUGAUGGAGAGGUCAAUCGGGGAGCUAGGUGGGGACGUUCGACAGCCGGGUACCCCUUUUGCAAACCUUGCGCAGGUGGCCGUUCGGAAAUGCCAGAUCAACUCCAUCACAGCACUGUACCCCGAGUUCAGAAAAGAACAGGACAAGCCCUCGAGAUAUGCCACCGAUUUGGGAGAUGGGUACAUGUUCCUUCCUGUUCAGGACCGUAUUGCGCGAGAGGUGGAUGGGGAGCUGGGAGACUAUCUGAAGGAAGAAAUUGGAUACAGCAAGAUCAGACGAUUCGGACGGCUACGGCUCCCAAAUGAACAGGUGGUCCGCAGUCGGUUCUCUGAGGAUCGAAAGCUGAGCGAACAGACACGGAUUUCGAGAAUGGUAAAGCUUCUUAUUAAUGGAGAGACCUACUACGGGGAGGUCCAGCUCUAUUUCAGAACUCGUGCGUUGGAACCACGUGCAUUGGUACUUCUCUUUUCCACACCUGAUCGUGACCUCUGGGAAAGAUCAAAAAAAACACUAUGGGCAUGCACAAAGCUGGAUCCUCCGCAUGGCCUCCGCAUCGUUGAAGUUUCCCAGAUACAGGCUUUGGUUUCAAUGCAGCCACUUCCUCCGCUCCCUGGCGAGCCUGAGGGACGUUGGUUCCCGGUAGAGAAGUCCUUUCUGGAAGGCACAUAUCUUCCCCCUGAUAUCGAGGACGAAGAAGAGAUUUAG